GGUUUUCCUUCAGGGGGGUUCUGACUCCCGUGCGUAAGUGAGUGGACAACAGCAGUACUGUACAGUACACUAUGGGUAAUUGGCAUGCGCUUGUGUUCCCCCAGCAUGUACUGUAUCUGUACAGCGCCUGGUACCCCCUGUAGCUGACGCGCUAGAGCACGGUUACCGCCUCGGUGCCAAACACAGUACGUCCUCUUACGGUAAAGGUACCCCCAAGUGAUAGCAGCAGGUGGGGGGCGGCCACCUAAUAAUACCAACACCCACACACCAAAGAAGCCCACUCACUUCACUAACUAAAGCACUGGUGCAAAAGCCUGCCGCCUGCAAACGGGCUCAAUAUCAAUCAAUCAAUCCAUCCGUCUGCCUGUCCUUGUCACGGGACGGCCGUCAUGCCUUCAGCAGUAGUCCAACUGACAGACAACCAGGAUGACUCGAUUCCUACUCAUCCUCUCAAUGUGAAGCCCCUCGGAAACAGAUUUCUUGCCACUGGCCGGGAUGCCCGUGCCAAUGCUGGCUCUUGGGCUAUUCUGCCUGACGAGGUGUUGAUGACCAUCUUUGAGCAAUUCGAUGACUCUGUCCUAUUAAGAAUAGGCUCCACAUGCAAGCUGCUUUAUGCGUUUGCUAAUGCUGAUGAAUUGUGGAAGGCAUUGUUUCUAAAGCUACAGCCUUGUCAAGAGAAAAAGCUAAAAUGGCUAGGCUCAUGGAGAUCGACAGUUCUGGGCCUUACAAAAGAUAUUGAAUCACGGGUUUCUUGUGACAAUGUCUACUCCGAUGUACUUCACCGUCCAUUCGCCUGCAGCAACAUACAUCUCUCAACCUACGCGGACAAAAUCCCCAAAGCAAAUCAAAUUCGCCGCCUAAAAAAUCUCGCUUAUGAAGAAUACGCAGAUUCCUGGACAGAGACACCAUUCAUCCUUACCGAAUGCAUCCAAGAGUGGCCAGUGUUUUCGAAGUGGUCGAUACCAACUCUUCUGGAGCAGUACGCUGAUGUUGCUUUUCGCGCGGAAGCGGUAGACUGGACGUUUUCAAGAUACUGCGAUUACAUGAACAAUACAAGAGAUGAAAGUCCCUUGUAUCUCUUUGACCGCAAAUUCGCUGAGAAAAUGGAGCUCAAGGUCGGUCACGAAGAGGGUGCCGCAUACUGGAGACCAGAUUGCUUCGGCCCCGACAUGUUUGAAUUACUUGGUGCAGAGCGUCCUGCACACAGAUGGAUGAUUAUUGGACCUCAACGAAGCGGCUCUACCUUUCAUAAGGAUCCUAAUGGCACAAGCGCAUGGAAUGCUGUAAUCCAGGGAUCAAAGUAUUGGAUCAUGUUCCCACCAAACGCUGAUGUCCCCGGAGUGUACGUGUCGAAAGACAGCAGCGAGGUUACAAGCCCUCUCAGCAUCGCAGAAUGGCUGCUUACGUUUCACGACGAGGCUAGAAACACCCCUGGGUGUAUCGAGGGUAUUUGUGAAACUGGCGAGAUUUUGCAUGUGCCAAGCGGCUGGUGGCAUUUGGUUGUGAACCUUGAAAACGGAAUUGCCCUCACACAGAACUUUGUUCCUAAAUCACCAAACUUGAAGCUACUUAGUGAAGCGAUAGGCUUCCUGCGCGAUAAGCCGGAUCAAGUAUCUGGCUUCGAAGACGGCAUCGAAAACCCAUACAAGCUCUUCGCUGAUAGAUUGAAACAGAGCAAUCCAGAGAUGCUGGAGAGGGCACUGGAGAUUCUUGAUAAGGCCGCUGGCAAGAAACGCAAAUGGGAUGAUGUGCUAGCAAAGGAUGACACAGCUGAAGAAGGGACUGGGGGGUUCAGCUUUGGGUUUGGAGGUGGCGAUUUGGAUGAAGACGAGAUACCCUAAAUAAUGAUUUUGUACGCUUUUUAUAUAUGGGACAAGCUAGACUGGGGCCGGAUAAAGUUGUCCAUUUAAAUAAGCAGCUUUACAGCCUAGAGGCAAUAUAGACAAAAGUCCAUUUUU